AUGGGAGGUGCAUUGGAAGCUUUGCUUGCACAGGAUGAUGUUGAACCUGAUGAGACAGGCAGCCACAGCAUGGCCUCGGACCACUACCCCGCGGUAAAGUCAGGGUCCCGCGCAUCAUCAGCCUCAGGAGCAUCACCUCACAGCAGGGCUUAUCCGAGAGCACAGGCAUUCGCCUCUACUGAUGCAAUCAUGCCACCGCCCCCACCUCCUGCACCCCCUCGGCAUGCUUCAGACCCCAGGCUGCACAUGAGUGAUCAGAACCUUGAAACCGAGCAUCACAUUGAGAGGGAUGCCAUUGGAGGUGCCAUGUCAGUGAAGCUGGUUACCUGGUCUGAGCCUCUGAAGAUCACGGCCAACCACACCGAUGUGGUCGAAAGGAAUGCCAGGUACCUCGGUCGAUUGUACCAUGAGGCCAAAGUCAAGGAACCACCGGUCAUGGAGUGGACCUUCUUGGCCAAUGUGAUGCAGGCGUACACAGGCAAUAAGGAAACCCUGUUUUCACAUGUUGUAUGCAUGGAAUCCAAGCAACACCUGUUUUGGAUCCACUGCCUCCGGGAGCCCUUCAGCACCAAGGCCGGGGAUUCAGCAGUGCAUCGACACACCUUGCACUUCGGACAUGGCACGAAUACUGCCGGGGUCGAGGGGAUCAUGGACAGUUGUUAUCUCGCCCCAGCAACGAUUGCAGACGGGGCAGGUGCUGUAGGACACUACAGCCAAGCCUCACCGUGGGGAGAUUCCGAGAGUCUGAAGCAAGUUUUCGACAGAGUUGUGCAGUCAGGAAAGUGGCAGUGUCCUGUCAUGGUGCACGGUUUCGUGAUGACGCCCUCGGGGCAUCAUGUCAUGGAAUCUGGAGGCGGAGCUGAGGCUCAGCAGGCUUGCAUGAUUCAUGCAGCAGUUCAUUUCAAACGAGACAAGAAGUGGCUGCUACAUUCGGAUCUGACUACUGUCACGAGCUUUGUGAUCGCUGUGAAGAAACAGUUCCAACCUCUCAGGGACCACCUCGGCAGGCCGAUCUUCCAGCUCGGACCAACACAUGCCGACACAGUCAAGCAGCAGGUGGUUUCCAACAAAUUCACUCGUGAUCUGCAAAUCGAUGGCAUGGACAUCUUUGACAUUCGACUUGCUCAGGUGAUGACAGGAGGGCAAGACCCGUACCUGUGGGACAACCGGUACACAGCCAUUAAGGAAUUAGCCAAGGCGACAGAAGGCCCGGUUCGCAGCUUAGAAGACUUUUGGAAUGCUCGCCCUACUGAUGCAGUACCAGAGUUCGAGCGAACUACUCAAGCUAGGUUCCUUGAGGAAUGCAAACUUGAUAAUUACAAGGUGAACACCAUCAACAAUUGGGUGUCUCAAAAGGUCGGCAAGGACAAGAUGGCUCAGGUGUACCGAAGCAAUCUGAAUGCCCCUUGGGUCGGAGUGAUGCUCAGCAAGCUCCGACUACAUGAGAAGAAGUUCGCGGUUUUCGGCACGAAGGCGGGGCAAACAGUUGACACAGCUUGUUUUCAACUAUCGUGCUUUCAUGCGAACCUGGACUAG